AUGGAAACAUCAUUACACAUUCAAAAAGAUGAGUCAACAUUAUUACUAGCAGAAAAUGAAGAUCAAUUUGAUUUAUUUAUUGAAAUUACGAGUACACCUAAAAAUAGUGUUCGUCCAAUUGCUUCUACACCGUUAUCAACAUACAUGAUUGAUUCGUUACAUAUGACUACUGGUACUAAAACAAAUAUGAAUAAAAAAUGCUGUCGUUGUUCAAUAGUAUUACACGAUAAAUCAAAACAAAACUUUUUCAAACGAUUAUUACGACAUAUACGUUAUUUGACAUUUUCAUAA